AUGGACGCUUUAAAAAUAUGUGGUAUUGUUCUUUACAUAUUAACUUUAGUCCAGGGAGACUUUGUUGUGGAAACAGAUUCUGGCAAGGUGGCCGGAGUAGAAGUAGCUUCUAUUAUAGAAAAUGAAAAUUUUUAUUCAUUUUAUAGUAUACCUUAUGCAGAACCACCGAUAGGUUCAAACAGAUUCAUGGCACCUAAACCACAUCCUGGUUGGGAUGGUAUUUUGGCGAACAAAAAGGAAAAAAAGCCGUGCGCCCAUUUUAAUUUACCAGGUAGACCUAUCAAGAAAUAUGGUUUUGCAGGCAGUGAAGACUGUUUGUUCCUCAGUAUACAUACACCGAAGCUGCCUGAUGACAAUAAGCUAAAUCUUCCCGUCAUAGUUUAUUUAUAUAAUGAAAAUUUCAGAAUUGCUUACAAUGCUUCUAAGGAAUACGGACCAGAUUUUUUCAUGAGAGAAGGUGUCAUUAUGGUGACGGUGCAGCAUAGACUCGGCGCUCUAGGGUUCUUGUCCUUUGGAGAUGAUUUACUGCCUGGUAACAAUGGGUUGAGAGAUGUUCUUCUUGCACUUAAAUGGAUCCAUACAAAUAUUCACAAUUUUGGUGGUGACCCGCAUAAAAUCACAUUGAUGGGCAGCAGCGAAGGGGCUGUAAUUGUAGAUUUAUUAUUGCAUUCCCCCAAAUCAAAGGGUUUGUUUAAUGCUGCCAUACUACAGAGCGAAACUUCUUGGAAUAGUAAACAUUUAAACCCUAAGAAACGGGAGAGAGCAAUCGCUUUAUCGAUAGAACUGAAUGAACACGCGACAACCAGUUCGUAUUUACUCAAAAGAUUACAUUACCUCGACGCUAAAAAAAUAUGUGAUGGCGAAGGACCUUCAGUGCAUGCAGAUGAAGCUCGAAUAUAUCAGAAAGGUAUCAAUCCUUUUGGACCAGUCGUAGAACAUGAUCAUCCUGAUGCUAUAAUCAAAGAAUAUCCUGAGAAGACAGCUAUUGAUAUUGAUAUACCAGUAAUGAUUGGAUAUAACUCCCGGGAAGGCAUUGAACCCUGUCAACGCUUUCUAGAACGGCCAACAUUCCUAACAUAUGCAGAUAGAGAUAUCAUUUUUCUCUUUCCAUACAGAGUGGACCAUUACUUCGAUGUGGACUCAAAGUUGUAUUUAAAUGCUUUGCAGGAAUUAAAAGACCACUAUUUCGAGGAAGGCUAUUUAAAAGUGAGCAAACCAGGAGAAUACAUAAACUAUUUGCAUGAUUUAUUGAUAUUUUAUCCUGUAGACUAUGCAGUGAGAAAAUAUGUAAACGAAAGUAAGUCGUCGGUCUACUAUUACACAUUUGACUUCAGUGGUGACUUUAACUUGAAGAAACAGAUGAAUAUGAAAAAUGCAGUUACGAUAGAUGGUACUUGGGGUGCCGCAACUGGUGAUGAGCUCUGCUAUCUGUUCAUGUGUAAGGCACUUAAAAAUUCAUACUUAAAAGCAAUGAAAGACCCCGAUUCAGAAGAAAUGAAAGUUAUGAACAACAUGAUUAGGAUGUGGACGAACUUUGCAAAGACUGGAAAUCCAACGCCGCCUGGCGAUGAGCUCCAGUGGAAACCGGCAACUAAGGAGAAUAAGGAAUGUCUUGUCAUCAACGAUGAGCCAGAACUAAAGACAAGGUUGCACGAGAACAUAAUCACCUUCUGGGAUCAGUUCCUGGCGAAAUAUGCUAAAUUGGCCAAGGAUGGAAUUAUCAAGGAUGAGAAAGAUGAAUUAUAACAGCACUUCUCAUCGCCCACCAUUUCUUGUGAAAUCGUGAAAUUGACUUUAGUAGUUUGAAAUAUUCUCUGUUAAUCAAGGGUAACAAUGCAAAUAGCACCGAUAUGUAAUUCUAACAUUUAUGAGCUUACGUAGCGAGAUACUUUUACUAUUACAUGACUUUGUCAAAGUAUUACGUUCUUAAAAAUUAUAGUAUUCAAAUUGUAUAGAUGUUAAACACACAUGAUAACUAUGAACCUUGCAUUUCUUGUGUAUCCCGGGUGCAAUACUCACCCUAACCUCAAGUCUCUCCCUGCAUUCUGUUCAUAGAAACCGAGUUAGUGGAGCAUGGAGCUCUUUAUCACACAAUCGCUUACAAAAGACAAGAAUAGAAAACUGCGGCACAUGAGCAAGGGGACUGUGAUUGGCCGGUCUAACGACAAAACAACAUUACUGUUACCAUUGACAUUUAAUCGGUACUAGUCAAUAGAGAUCACAGAAUACUAUUACUUGGUCGGAGUCUGUACUUUGGAGGAUCUUACCUUAAAGAGAAUUAUUUCUCGUCGUCCGCUAACCUCAACGUACAAAAGGCUACAGAAUGAUAAACUACCUUUUGGUGGUAUUGUGUUUCUUUGGUGUGUAAGAUAAGAGAACUCCAAUAACUAAGAAACUCGAGUCUCUACAAUUACGCCGUGAUGUGGCAUCAUUAAGCGCAUUCUACCGACUAUACCACGGCGAGUGUUCUGAGGAGCUAUUCUCGCUUAUCCCUCCAUCACCUUUUCUUCAGAGGACCACGCGCGCUGGCCUACGUUGCCACCGACUUACUGUGGCCACUAUUCCCACCCGAACAAAGGAAUUUGGUGACUCAUUUCUUUGUCGUGCUAUUCGUAAGUGGAAUUCUUUACCCGCGCACGUAUUCCCUCCUUCCUAUAAUCUGGGGUCCUUUAAGAGAGGCGUGAAGAAGCAUUUUUGCAGGCCGGCAAGGUGAGGAUGGUUGGUGUAGCAGUUUAUAACUGCUGUACCAGCUAUCUUCGCGUUUGGACUUUAUCACCACUCAAAGUCAGGUGGGGUAGAGUCAUUUGCCUACCUCGCUAUAAAAAAAGAAAAUAUGUGAUUGGGUUCAGGCCGGCAAAGUGAGGAUGGCUGUGGCGCUAUACUGAGUAUACAAGUCGUUUUGUCUCUGUCUCUAAAUAGUGAAUUUAUGCUGUGACAUUUAAUUAUUAUGAGUGUAUAAUACUAUUAACUUAUUACUAUGCUAACAUAGUCAUGAAUUUAGAAUAAAUAAAAAGAAUUGUGAUAUAUGUUACAGUUAUUUUUAUUAAACCUAACAAA